AUGAAUCGGCUCAGCGUUCUCAUACUCCUUCUCGGCGCUUUCGCCUCCUUGGCGGUCGCAGCGUCGGCACCGACAUUCUGCAAAUGUACCUGCUUCACCAACAGCACAAUCAUAGAAAUCAAGCCAAAGUCCUCCACAGGCAGCUCGCCAUCGAGACCCCCCUCGCAGCACCAACCCCCAUCCGAGGGUACCACCGACCCAGACGACAAGGACGACGACAACGCGGGAGAUGAUCAGGACGCCCUGGGCGGUGCAGACUUUGAGAGCGCCAUCGCCGACUCAGGCGAGGGCGAGAACGGGAGGCGGCUGGCCCGCCGCGCGCAGGGCAGCUCCUCGUCGCCGUCCUGCAGCCAGUGCAACCGGAGCUUCUGCCUGUCGCAGUCGCUGCCGAUCUGCAGGGGCGCCGCCGACAAGGACGUGACGACCAUGUGCUUCCAGCGCGACAGCCGCAAGGACCAGUUCAUCAAGGCCGUCGACCAGCGGCAGAGGGGGGCCGGGCUCGGCGGGAUUCCUGGGAUCGGGGGUGGCGGUCGUGCCGGUGCUGGUGGUGCUGGUGCUCCGCCCAGGGGACGGAGGGAGGGCGGCAUCCUGCCUCUUGGCCGGGGCGGGCUGGGCUCGACUGGGACGGAUGGUGGGCGCGGGGCAUAUGCGGCUGUUGCUGGCCAUAGUCGAGAGAGCAGUCUCCAGACGAACUAG